AUCGCCUUUGUUUUGCCAUUCUCUACAGCAGACCAAAGAGUGCAUCAAAUGUACAUUAUUUCUGCAUAGAUAAUGAACUUGAAUAUGAGAACUUCUACGCAGAUUUUGGACCACUUAAUUUGGCAAUGGUUUACAGAUACUGUUGCAAGAUAAAUAAGAAAUUAAAGUCCAUUACAAUGUUAAGGAAGAAAAUUAUUCACUUUACUGGCUCUGAUCAGAGAAAACAAGCGAACGCUGCGUUCCUGGUGGGCUGUUACAUGGUUAUAUAUUUGGGGAGAACUCCAGAAGAAGCAUAUAGAAUAUUAAUCUACGGAGAUACAUCCUAUAUUCCAUUCAGAGAUGCUGCUUAUGGAAGCUGCAAUUUCUACAUUACCCUUCUCGACUGUUUUCAUGCAGUGAAGAAGGCAAUGCAGUAUGGCUUCCUUAAUUUCAACUCAUUUAACCUUGAUGAAUAUGAACACUAUGAAAAAGCAGAAAAUGGAGAUUUAAAUUGGAUAAUACCAGACCGAUUUAUUGCCUUCUGUGGGCCUCAUUCAAGAUCCAGACUUGAAAGUGGUUACCACCAACAUUCUCCCGAGACUUACAUUCCGUAUUUUAAGAGUCACAACGUCACUACCAUUAUUCGUCUGAAUAAAAGGAUGUAUGAUGCAAAACGCUUUACGGAUGCUGGUUUCGAUCACCACGAUCUUUUCUUUGCGGAUGGCAGCACCCCUACUGAUGCCAUUGUCAAAGAAUUUCUGGAUAUUUGUGAAAAUGCUGAGGGUGCCAUUGCAGUUCAUUGUAAAGCUGGCCUUGGGCGGACGGGCACGCUGAUCGCCUGCUACAUCAUGAAGCACUACAGGAUGUCAGCGGCCGAGACCAUCGCGUGGGUCCGCAUCUGUAGACCAGGCUCCGUGAUUGGGCCUCAGCAGCAGUUUCUGGUGAUGAAACAAGCAAGCCUCUGGCUGGAAGGUGACUAUUUUCGUCAGAAGUUAAGGGUACAGGAGAGUGGACAACACAGAGCAGCCUUCUCCAAACUCCUCUUGGGUGUCGAUGACAUUUCAAUAAAUGGAGUCAAGAAUCCAGACAAGCCAGAACCUGAACCGUACAGUGAUGACGACGAAGUCAAUGGCGUGACACAAGGUGAUAGACUGCGGGCCCUGAAAAGCAGAAGACAAUCAAAAACAAACGCUAUUCCCCUCACAUGUCCCCUAGCUGUGCUGGCCUCUGCGCUGUGUAGUGUUGUCAUCUGGUGGAUUGUGUGUGACUACAUCCUCCCCAUCCUGCUAUUCUGUCUCGAUGGUCUCGGCACACAGUAGCCCUCAGGACCCUUUGACAGAUAGCUGCUGUUCCCUCCGUUUCACGGACUAAAACUGUCUUGCGUUAAGUAAAAACCCACGACCGGAACUGAAGGAAGACUCUAGAAUGGAAGACAACGACAGGACCUAGCACAAUUGAUUUGAAAACCAAACACAGUUGCAAAAGCCUUAGUUGCUUUCCACCUAAGAAGUAUAUUCGACGAAGAAACUGUCCACCGGCGUUAUAAUCACUGAGUCUGGGUGCAAGCGAUUGACUUGAAGAAGGGCCCAACUCCUUUCCAGAAUUAUCUCGAGUGUAACAACAAAAGAAUCUGUUGUAAAUUGAGUCUCAGGUGUACAUAUCCAUGCCCUCUGUUCUCAAGAGAGCUGGCCAGUGUGUGGCACAUGUGUGUCCAUGUGAUGACAAUCAUUUUAGCUGCUGGCCUUCAGAAGAAUUGAGGAUCUGAUGGAGGUUUUUUACGUAUUUAUUUUCUGUUCACUCUGUGUCAAAGUUUAUAAGACAAAACAGGCAUUACUGAACGGUACUUUCUGUAAUUUGAUACUAUUUGGUGUAGUUCAUCUUCACUUGACUGUUUGUCAUACUGUUGUCAUGUUAACCCCGUUAAAGUACCCAAGCUGCUCGUCUUCCACCAAAGAGUGCUUUAUAUUACGAGAACCUGUGAAAACCACAUCCAAACACUGUCGCAUGUUGUGUAAUACAAAGUGGUACUUUGAUAACCUAAAACUUUGAGAGAAUCUUAAUGGUAGCUUUAGCAGACCGAGGAGGAGAAACUGGCUUCAGAGUUGGAUGAUGAUGGCAAGUCAUUCCUUUUUAUGUCAUUUAGAAGAAUUGCAAGGUUGCCUAUUUUUCCAUUUUCCACUCAUACAAAUGAAAAUGUUUCCUUUCCUACAUAGGGAGAAAAACUGUUUGUUUUCCUUGCUUGGAAACAACAGUCCCAAGUAAUGGUGGCUUUAAAAAAGGAGUCACUGCUUCUUUUAGAGUCUUUCUCUGUCGCAUAGUGGAUUUUCUUUUUUUUCCUUUUGUGACCAGGAUCAGGCUAUUGGCACCCUCUUUGAUGUCAGUGACAAUUGUUCGUGUCUGGAUUUUAGUUGUUGGUAGUAAGAGAACUCACUGUUGCCUUGGGUUAGAAAAUAUAACUAGUAACUAAUUUUGUAGAGUGCCUUCUUCCCUCGGCCCUUCUAAAAACAGCAGAGUCUGUGAUACAAAGCAAUCACAAAAUCAGAAUUUCUGUGCUGCUUUAAAAAAAAAAAUGGGCCCCAAAUAAAACGAUAUUUUGCA